UCAUUUAUAAACAGGAGUACACAAAAUUCGGUGUUGAUCUUUUCCAGUGCGUCUACGUUACGUCUACGUCUACGCUACGUCAAACUAUAAAUCCAACUUAUUCUCUCUUUCUUUGUAUAUCAAUUUAUUUACAAAUAGAGUUCAAUAGAGGCUCUCAUUGCAUCUCAUUCAAACUGGUUCUCUCUGAAUAGAGUAUGGAUAAAGCCAAAGCCAUCUCAAGGUGGUUUUAAAUUCCAAAUAGAAAUAUUAAAAAAAUAUAAUAUUUGGUGGCAGUCUAACUUACCAGAGUCCUUGCCACGAACACAGUGGUAUGUUCUUUUAGACGUCAAAGUCAAUUUUAUUUUGUUUUUGUUCACUAUUUGGUUUUUAAUUAAAUCAUUAUGAUUUCGUUUUUUAGUUAAUACAAACAUCACUCUACAAUAAUUUAAGUAUUUACAUCACUUUAAAGCAUUCACUCUAAAUAUAUUAGUGCUAUUUAUUUAUACGAUGUCCCUUUAAUAAUUAUAUUAGGUUCUAUUAUAAUUUGUUUUAAAAAUGUGUGAUAGUUCAACUAGUGCUAAUCCAAUUUCUUCCGAAUAUACUUCAACACCUAGUAGAAGAGAUCGAGAAAAUAAAUUUAGCGAAAAGACUGAAGAUGCGGCUACAACAGAUUCUGAAGAAUAUUUAUCUGAACCUCUGAGGUAUAGGAACUUCCAAUACUCGGCACAGUCCAGUAUCUCUAAUAUAACUUUAUCAGUUCAAAAUUCAAGAAUUGAAGAAGAAAAUGGCAACUGUUUCCCACAGAUUCCCAAUGGACCUAUAUCAUUUAAUAAUAUACAGAUUCCCAUUGUAGGAUACGAGAUUAUGGAAGAACGUGCUAGAUUUACAGUAUAUAAACUAAAAGUAGAAAACAAAGAAACUGGUGACUUUUGGUACGUCUUCCGGCGUUACACUGACUUCGUUCGUCUGUGUACUAGAUUAAGAACCAAUCAUCCUAACAUAGUACAACAUUUACCAAGGAAGAGAUGGUUAAAGAACAACUUCGAUCCUAUUUUUUUAGAGGAGAGAGUCAACGGUCUCCAGACUCUCGUCAAUGCUAUCUUAAGUGUACCUGAACUCAUCGCGUCUCAAGAAAUACAGGACUUCUUUUGUCUAAACGAACCUCCUGUGUAUUCGGAAACUAGCGAAGAAACCAAAGCAAUAUUCGAGGCUUUAGAAGAAACCAUUAGUUAUCUGAAACAACAAGUCCGCGAAAAAGAUGCUUCCCUGGAUUCCUUAGAAGAAAAAUUACAUUCCUUAUCAACAGAAAAUGAAAAUUUAAGAAAACUUAUUAGCAAUUCAAUGAUGAGCUGUCAGAAAUGUCAGAAGGAGUGCGAGAAUAUCCAAAAACUGUCAAAGUGAUACCAAUACUUUUCUCCUAUUGUUAAAAAUGAAUUUUAUGUGAUCAAAGUUGACUAAUUUGAAUAUUUUUUAUGAGAUAUUUUUAUUAAUUUAUAUACUAAGAAUAAUAUAAGGAUCUACUUCUAUA